CCGCCGCCGCCACGUCGCCCGUUAAAUUUUCAAAAAUCGACUGGCCGCCGUAUUUUCUUUAAUCGCAGUCGACGGCGGCUGUGUAUUCCGUGUGUUCGAUUCGGUUUUGAUUAAUCACUUUUUUUUUUCGCACUUUAUUUUCGUCCCGUUAUCUCCGUAAUCGUACGGCACACGAACCUCAUGAUUGCAGUCUUAAGUCGUUUAUUACAGUCUUUAAACGACCAUACACAAAACUAUUAUUCCGAAUCGAAAACUCGAGAAUAAUAAAACGACGCCCGGAUCACUUAAUAGUUUAUCGACGAGAAUGUGGUGGCGUUUAUCGGUCGUUGGUCUUCAAAACAAAAAUAACAUUACCAGUAGUAGUAGCAAAACAAGCAGUAGUUGACGGUUUUCUGAAAAGUAAGUAAAGGGAAGUAUACUUUAAAUGCGUUAGUGUUGAACCCAGCCGCCGUUGCGUUGUUAAGUUUUCGCAAACCGGAAAUGUCGGUGAACCCGGCUUAUUAAAGUUUCCUGGUUCGAAAACGAUUUAGUUUUUCUCUAUCUUGCGCUUAUAUUCGUCAUACGUCAUCUUCGCGAUCAUUGCAGGUGUUCGUUUUAGUGUUCAUCGGUCACCGACCUUUCAUUGGCUAAUAAGCUUCAACGUUUUAACGAAUAUCCCUUUACUGGAAGUUCAAAGUUUCUUAGAUAAACAUUUUCACGAAUACCUCACUAGAUAGUAUUCGUUAUUUAUAUUUUUUUUUCUAAUGGAUCAGGCCGAUAAGUCAAUUUGAUGUUUAUGAUAGUAAGUAGGCCACUGCCUACUAAUUUAAACUAAUCAUGCAGUGGUAUGGUAUUUAACUUAAGCUUUUAAUUCAAAAUUGUUAGGAUCCGUUAUUACUAAAUUAAUUAGAUAGGUACCAAAACUAAGUUUAUUUGAAUAAUUAAAAGAAGGACAAUAUUUAUGAAUUAUCUUAUACAAUUUAAAGUAGCUAGCUAUUUUAAUUUAAAAUUGGUAAGUAUAGCUAGUAUAGGGCCUUAGGUAAACAGUAGCUGUGUUGGGUAGAUGUAACCAAAAGAGAAAUUAGAAUUAAUACGAAAAUUAUAUUAGGUACACCUGUUUCCCUGUAAUUUUUUAGUUUCAAAUUUGGUUUAGAUUCUGAGUAGAGUAAAGAAGUUUAUGACUUUACAAUGAUAUUUAUUUUUUUGUUUUGUGGACAAGUUUUUUACCAAAAAUCUUGUUGCUAUUUUUAAUUGUAGCACCUUUUCUGAAAAGAAAUUUGACCGGGGAGGUAUUUUGAGGAGGUCAUUUUUUGAUUUUCCCAGGAGUUUUUCCAAUUAAUGGGAAAAAAGGGAAAAUAAUUAUAAUAUUAAACAAAUAUUAUUAAAGAAAAUAUAUAAUGCAUAUAUAAUUAUUUUAAUAUAAUUUGAUAUAUAUUGUUGACAAAGCUACACUAUCAACUGAACUUGGUUCAAAAUUGAUUUUUCAUAAGCAAUGGUUAAUUGUUGCUUACAGAUAUACAUUAAAUUACCUAUAACAGUGGCUGCACCCAUCCCCAUUAUCCUAGGAUAGCAUUUUUUUUUAAACUGACUAUCGGAUAUUAGUUUAAAUAAAAAUUGAUAAAAAUAAGUAUGUUAAAGUAUGAAAAAAUUGGACCAUCUUCAUUAGACAUGUAAAAGUAUUUUCUAAGAAAAAUCUUAAACCAUUUUAGUAAAACUAAUAACCCCAUUCAUAAUUUUAAAUAACAGAAUUUAAAGUUGAAAUUAGAGUUACAAUAUUUAAAUAAAAAAAUAUUUUUUUCCAAAGCAGUAUUUUGCUUUUUUUCUAAAACCUUGUCAAACAAAAAGGUUACAGGUAUUUAGAAAAAUCAUAAAUUAACAUUACUGUGACUUUUUUGUUGACAAUAUUUUCAAAUAAAAUAGUAAAAAUUAAAAGAUUUUCCCUUUUAAAUUAUGUUAUUAGUGUUUAAACUACAAUUUCAAUAACAUUACACUUCUAAGUAACAUGCUUUGCUGUUUGUUAUACCGGGUAUUUGAAAUGCAGGUAUACUUUUUUGUUAAAUUAACUCCUAUAAACCAUGAAAUACUGAAACUGCAUUUGCUUGUAUUAUUUAUUUCUUAAAAAUUAUAAUAUUUUCAAUAUUAUGAAUCAAAAUUCCUAUUAAAUAUUCUCAAUUUAGUAAUAUCACAUACAAAUUGUACUUACCUAAAUUUUUCAUUUGUACUUUACGUUCUGUUAAUUACUAAUCAUUUUAAAAAUAAUGGUAUGAUAAUAAAACAAAAUCAUGUAUUUCUAUUUCCUCAAUAUUAAAAAUGAAUUAAGGUUAUUACAAUGUUUAUAUAUUUACCUAUUAGUCAGACAGUUCUUGUGUAUGUAAAAUCGUUAUACAAAUAUUUAUUUUCUUAAUGUCCUUACAGAUUAGUCAAGGCUGCAUACUAUACAUUUAUAUACAUUAAAAUAAAACCUAUCAACAUCAUAAUUUCAAAAUGAGUUCAGUCAAUGAUAGAACAACAAAUCAAGAAAUAGCAUCACCUAUGACAAAUUUAGCCAACAGUCUUGGAACAACACUGUCAGUCAGACGUAGAUUGACAUUGUCUGAAUCCAAUGAAACUCCGAAAAAAUGUUAUGACAACAUACUCCAUGGUAACUAUAAAUAUUAUGUUUAAUGCUUUUAAUUCUUAAUGGAUUUGUUUUUCAAACAAUGGUUUUCAAUUUUAAUGAAUAAUUGUUUACAGAACAUGAUAGAAACAGCUCAUUAGGGAUUGAAAAUAAUAGGUAAAUAACUAAUUUAUUUGAUGUAAAAUAUUUGUGGUGUGAUUAUUUUGAAAACAUAAUAAUAUAUUGUUGUAUCAAAGAUUAUUUAAGGGAAAUUCAAAAAAUAUUAAUGAUAGCUCUUCAUUAAAAUGUUUGAUGAUUCAAAAAAUUAUGAGCAGUCCAGUUGAAAAAGAAAACUCAUCUAAGUGUGUGGAUAUGGUUGUCACCAAAACAAUUUCAUCACCAAAUAUACCAAGUCCAACGGUACCUUUAUUUCAUAAUAUUUAAUUAAACAUUUUAUUACGUUAUCAAACUAUGUACUUUUUACAAUGCUCUUACUUAAAUAAAUCUCUACUGAUAUAGUGUAUUAUGAUUCGUUUAAUGUUUGCAAAAAUAACACUAGCUUAAUAUCAAUAAUUUAUGUAGCAAUAAAGUCUCAUCACUUUUAUUUCAAAAUUUGUCUGUAUAUUAAUGUUUGGUAACUUACUAUUAUUGUACAUUAUAUUAUUUAUCAUCUAAUAUAGCCAUUAAAACAUUAAUAAAAAUGUUUAGUUGAUCUUGACAAUUUGAAUUUUUUUUAUUAAGAUUGGUACUGAUAAACAUUAUAUGUUUUCAGUUCAUGAUUAAUAGUCGUCAUACACGAGGCCGUCACCCACUAGAAGAUCAUGAUCCAAAUUCACAAGACAGUGGUUUUUUUUCAGUGCCUUCUGAAGAUGCAAGAUCAUUAACUAGGUAUAGAUUUAAUCUUUUUUCAAAUAAGUAAUUAAAGUUUAUUAAAUGUUUAAUUUUAAUAAAAAAAUAAUAAUCUAUUUUAUUGCAUUUUUAGAUUAAUUGAAUCUCAAAAUCUAAAUGAAAGAAGAAAACUGUCAUUAGAUAUUUCUCGGUCUGAAUUAUUUGUUUCUCCAACUGUCGUUGCUGAUAUUGAUGACACAUUUUUAGAUAAUGCUAUAUCACCAGCUAGAUUGGUAGUUAUUAUUUAAUGUUUUUACUGCAAUCAUUUCUAUUUAAUUAUAAUUUAUGUAAUCAAUAAUUAUUAUAGUCUCAGGAUUCAUUACCACCUGGAUUUAAUUCUUUAAUCGAUGGAGAUAUAUUUAGCCAAAGUUCACCUGUUAUAAAACCUAUUGUCAGAAGAAGAGUUAAUUCAAAAUAUUCUACUGAUACACCUAGAAAAUCUGUAAGUAUUUCAUUUUGUUGAUGCUAAUUAAUUUUGAAAUAUGUUUAAUUUAAAUAUGAUUUUCUUUAAACUAGGAUUCAGUUUUUGAAGAUAUAAAAAACACAGAUAAUUUUGCAAGAAAACGAAAAUUAAUUGAUGAAUUUGAACGUCCUUCUGAGAUAUCUAAUGGAUCAAAAAAAUUAAAGCCUAAUGUUGAUCUUUCUAUGUCAUUUGAAUCACCAAGACCAGAACCUUCAAACAUUUCUCGAACUGCCCCUGUAUCUCAAAGAAAAACUACACUUUUUGACUAUGGAUUUUGUAAAAAGAAUUCCUCAAAAUUAAGAAGAUCAUUUUCUACUAGUGAAGCCACAAUAAAAGCUGCAUUUGAGAAAGGUAAGAAACAAAAUAGGGUUAUUGAAACUAAGUGUUAAACACUAGUCUUGUUUGGGUUUGUUCAGUGUAUGAUAGUAUUAGGUUAUUUUUGUUUUUAUCGGGAACACAAAAACUUCAUAACUACUUAUUGAAUCUCUAUAAUAAAUUAAAUAUUUAAAUUAACAUAUUUUUUUCUUAAUCUUAAACAUUGUUUUGGGACAUUUAAAUGAUGACUUUCAGUGGCGGCUUGUGUUAUGGUGCACAGGAGCAGUAUACCACCUACAAUUUUGAAAACUACCUAAACAUUGCUGUUUUACUACAAUAAAAAAAUAUAUUAUUAAUUAAUAUAAUAUAUAUAGAAAUGCAUUCAGAUUUAUUUUAGAGACAAGAAUAAAAAUUAUUUUAUAGAAUUUAAGAAAUAUUUAAUGUGAAAAGUCUAGAAAAAAUGAAUGUUAUCGCACGUUAUAGGUAUGCAAUUGUACACAAUAAGCAGCAAUCACGGAGUAUAGACUUGUAAAUACAAUUUUUGCACCAGUCACACAUGCACAUUUGACUGUUUCAUUCUCACUACUGGCACAAUUACUAUUAGACUUGUGGUGUGUUGGUGCACAAACAAAUAUUGCACCUCCAUGGCUAUAUAGCCGUCUGCCUACGGAGAAUAUCAUGCAUUGGGAACUGAUUAUAUCUUUAUUGUAUACAAUUAUUUAAAUGUGCACCACCAAUUAUUUUACCCAUGAGCCACCACUGAUUAUUUUCUAAAGCAGUAUAUACAUUACAAUGCCUAUUUUCUAUCUAUUAUAAUGUUUUAUACAACAUUUAUUGAAUAUGUUUAGUUCCAUGAAAAAAUGUUUUAAUUAAAAUAGUUAAAAUAAAAAUAUGAAGUACUAUUUAAUAAUACAAAUUUGUCAACAUAAAAAUAGUAAUUGUAAAAUUUGAUAUUUAAAUCAUUCUGUUACAGAUUAUAAAGUAAAAGUUUUAUGUAGAUAAUAUUUUAUUUAUUUGGUUUAUAUGUUGUACAUUAAGUGUUGAAUCUUUUUGGAAAUUGUAAUUGUGUAAAACUAUGUGUAAUUGUUUUUAUUUUUAGAAGACAAUGAAAUAGAUCUAAUUGGUGACUUCAGUCAAUCAUUUAUUCUACCUUUAUUGUCAAUGGGUCGUCAUGCAGAUCUCCGUAGCAUAUCUCCUGAUACAUUAGCUAGUUUGAUAGAUGGUAUCUAUGAUGAUCGUAUUGACUCGUAUUUAAUAAUAGAUUGCCGGUAAUUUAGUUGUUUUAUAUUAUAAGUAAUAAGAAAUUUUGUAUUUAUCAAUUAUUUUUUUUAAUAGAUAUCCCUAUGAAUAUGAAGGUGGCCAUAUAAAAAGUGCAAUUAACAUAUUUACUAAAGAACAACUACUUAAAAAUUAUACAGAUGGCAAAUUGGGUAAAAAAUCAUCUAAAAAUGAUGAUAACACUAAUCGAAAGAGAAAUGUUUUAAUCUUUCAUUGUGAAUUUUCAUCAGAAAGAGGUCCAAGUUUGUAAGUAUAAUUUAAUAUGUGCAUUCAAAAUAGAUUUAUAAAUUAAUUAAUGGAGUAUUUUGAUAUGUGUAUUGUAUGACCUAACCUAACCUACACAUAUUAAUUCUCCAGUUGACGCAUUUAUUUGUUUAUUUAUAUAUUUAUUUAAGAGUAUUAACUUUAUAAUAAUUUUGUUUUUACUUUAUUAUUUUAUUAUUUAAUAUAGGUUUAUAACUAAUAUAUUUAAUUAUAUAUUUUGUAUUUAUACUUUAUAUUUAAUCUUUUAUUAUAACACAAAUAUUAAAUAGUACCUAAAAUGUAAUCAAAAUAAUUAUUAUGAAAUAUUUUUCUGGCCCAUGAGAGAAGUGAACCCUGUUCUAACUAAAACAUGUCCAAUUAUGUGCAUGUAUACAUAUCACGGCAUAUAACUAAAUGUAACAAAGUGGAGAUAGCUGUAUCUCUGAACAGUCACUAUUGUUAGUCUACAUGUGCGAAAUGGUUUACUUCUCUUGUAGGGCAGAGUAUAGGUUAUCUGUUUACACUAUUGUAGGAAUGAUUUUUAGUUCAAAUUACAAAUAUGUUUCAUAAUUUAUAAUUUUUUUAAAAAUUUAAUUAUAUUAAUAAUUUCUUAAUGUAUAUAUUUUUAAAUUAAUUUUGUCAACAUUAACAAGUUACUUAGGAACAAUAUGUUAGUUCAUAUCACAUAAGUUUGGGUAACUAAAACUAUGGCACUAUUACAUUGCCUAAUCCAAUAAAUAAUAAUAUAUACAGCUUUAUUAGUUAUCACUUAUCAGGAUUGGGUAGAGGGCAAUUGUUCGAAAAUGAUAAUAAUAAUAGGAUAAAUAAUAACUAACUGUAAUUUUAAAUAUCUAAUCUUUUGAUUAUUAAAUAUUACUAUAUUUAAUUGUAAUAUUGCUUUGUUUGGAGCAUUUGGCUUCAGACGAAGCAAAUGGAAGAAAUAAAACAAAAAUAAACCUCCGAUUUGUUAUACAAAACCAUGCUUGGUAGUUUUUUAUUUGUAAUGGACUGUAUGCAGCAUGUUAAUGUGUGAACAGGCUGGUCUUCCAAAAACGGUACCUAUCAUUUUUCGAACAAGUGCCAUUCAGAUUCACUCAUCAGUAUUACCACUUGAUAACAAUAACAGAAUGAUUAUUACCAUAAAGUAAUAUAACUAUUUUAUUAUUUUCAUUAUUUGUGUUAUGGUAUUUAUUCCCUUUAUCGGUUUAUUUUUUUGUUUUUGUUAUUCAAUUUUUUUUGCUUAUAUUGUUUUUUUAUCAAUUUGAUCAUAAUACAUUACACUGAUUCUAUUAUAAAUAUUUAUUUUUAACUAAAUGCAUAGGUAAUUAAGACAGACAUUAUUUUUUUUUUUUUUGUUUAUUUAUAUUGGUGGAUUAAAAACAUAGCUAAUUUGUACCAUAUUAUAGUAUGGUUCUAUAUACAAAAUUAUAUUUUGCAUAUUUGUCGAUUUAGAACAUAUUUUAAAAUUUGAACAAUUUUAGAUUAUGUGUUUAAGUUACACAUCAUACAUUUUCAAGAUAACAAAAUAAUUUGUUCAAGAUAUUUACAUAUUGAAAUGUCGGUCUAUAGUAAUAAUUGUAGUUAAAUGUGUUUUAGAUUAAAAUAUUAUUUAUUAAUAAUAACUAACUAUUAAAAUAAAAUAAAAUUCUACAAUUUUCAAUAAUUUUUUUUUUUUCAGGCAUAUUUUGAUAUUUUUAAUUUGUAUAUGCAUCUAGAUUUUAAGACAUAUUAAUAUCUGUUCUAAUAAUAAUGUAAUAGUAUUUCAUUAUUGAAAUGGAUAUAGUAAAUAAAUAUAUAAAUAAAAAAAUGUAUAGAUAUAAAAAUUAGUGGAUGAAUAUAUUGCCUGGAAGUAUUAUGAUAAGUGUAUUAUAUUAAUCGUUUCGAGUUGCGAUUUACAUUUUUGACUGUGAUAUACCUAAUGUUAAUUUUUAAUUCGAAAAUCAGUCAUAUAAUACACGUAUUAUAAUACUCCAGGUGACGCUUACAAACAUUUAUUUAUUUAUAUAUUUAUUUAUGAGUAUUAACCAUUUUAAUAAUUUUGUUUUUACUUUAUUAUUUUAUUAUAUAUAACGGAUAUUAUUGUAGGUAUUUUUACUUUUUAAGUAAAAGAAAAACCAUAAACUCUUGUUUUUGUAUUUUAGAUCACGAUACUUACGUAAUGUAGAUCGACAUAAAAAUAGUACAUGUUAUCCAUAUUUGGACUAUCCUGAAAUGUAUUUGCUUGAUGGUGGAUACUGUAAGUUUUACGGUCAGUACCGUCGUCUAUGUGUGCCAUCUAACUAUCUGUCAAUGAUUGAUCCGGCUCACACCAAAGAUUUAAAAAAAUUCAGGUCCAAGGCGAAAACGUGGGCUGGUCAUAACGAUGGAGUGCCACGUGUAGCUGGCAAAAAUACUCUCAAACGGUUAGGUUUCAAUUAAUAAUUUUUAAAUUGCUUUCUUGUAAAUACGCAUAAAACAUUAUUUUUAUUUUUAUUGAUUUGUAAAGUUUUUUUUUGCGUUUUAACUUUUAACUAUAUAACCAAAUUUUUUUUCUUUCUUUUUUCUUUCAAAACUGAUGUAUUGAAAUAUUAAUUUAGAUCCCAGUGCAAUUUUUUUAUAACUUUUGUGAUGCUAUUAUAGUAGAAGCACUAAGUUUCCAAAAAAGAACAUUAUAUUAUUCAUCAGCUUUUGUGUUUAAUUGUUUAGUACGGUUAUUAAUAUUAUAUAAGAAUAAAAUGCAUAUAAUAUAUGUGUGAGAAGUGUGUAUGUUUUCAUUAAUAUUUGCCAAGUGCAAUUUGAUUUUUAUUUGAUAAAUAGGUUUAUAUUAUGUUUUUCGUAAUAAUGCAUUAUAUAUUAUAUAUAUAUAUAUAUAUUAUUUACUCAUAGGCGUAAUUGUAUUAUUUAUUAGGUUAGCAGUUUAAGUGUUUAAGUACAUUUUCUAAGGAAUCAAAUGUUUAAAAAAAUAAUUACUCUGUGCAUUUGUGUGUGUGUGUGUGUGUGUUCAUUGAUGUUUUCUACAUUAUAUAGUUAGUAUAUAUGUAUAUAAUUUAGUUUUGUAAAUUUUUUUUUUUAUUAUUGUUUUGAAUAUUACGUUAUAAGUAUCAUACAUUCGUAUGUACAAUAUAUAUAGAUAAUAUUUAUGUAUGUUUGUGUCAUCGGUUGUUAGUUUCAAUUUAUUUUUUUUAAAUUAUAAUUCGCGAAAAUUCACUUUAUUAACUCAUUGUUAGAUAAUGUAUAAAAAUUAGAGAAUUGUAGAAUAUGCUCAUUUUAUUUAUUUUUUACCAGUACAUUUAGUAUAAUUAUUUUUGUUUGGUAGCAAUAAUAAAUUAAUAUUUAUUUUUUUCUUCAGUUAUGUAUAAUCAAAUGAAAAAUCUACAUUUAAAUGUAAUAAUAUACAAGGUUGUGUAGGUUUUUAUUUGUUGUUCUGUCUAUAUUACUGACAAUUAAAUUAUAUGUAUAACAAUACUUCUACUCUAUGAUCUACAAAUAGUAAAAUCGAUUCUAAACUGUUUAAUGAUUUAAUAUAUUUAUUUUUUUUUAUCACAUUAAUAUAAAAUUUGUAUUCUUGAAAAUAUAAUAAUUUUAGUUUGACAAAUACGUCUUUAUUUGAACUUUUACUCAUUCUUAUCCAAAAAAAUCCACACACAAGAGAUCAUUAGUCUACCUAAUUCCACGGCACUAACUUCCAAACGAUUUAUUUUACAUCCUGUCAAAAAAAUCUGUAAUGAAAAUCAUAGAAUGAUACAAAAAAUUACUAUAUGAUUGUAUUAAUAUUAUAGCAGUGGUGUACCUGAGGAAGGCAAUAUGGGUAUUCAUCUCCUCAAGAAAUGUUUUCCCUGUGUAAUAGAUAUUAUAUAUUAAUAUUUUAGAAUAGUUGUAAUGGAAAUUAGAGAAAUUGGAAAGGUGGAAAUAGAGGGAAAUUUAAUGUAUGUACAAUUAUCUUUGAUAAAAAAAGGAAAGAUUCUUAGUGGAUUUUAGUUAUACAAGUUUUUAAAAUCUGUAAUAUUUACGGUUUUCAUAAAAAAUUUUUAAUAAAUGUCUUAUCAAAAAAAAUUACAUUAUAUUUAAAUUUUUCUUGUUGACCAAUAAGUAAAAUUUAUAUUAAAUCUUCUGUUAAAUUUUCAAGCAUUUCUGUUUAGUCUAAUAAAUUUAUCCACUAAAUACCUACCGAAUAAAUAUAGCGUAAAAAAACUCAAAAUUUCAAAAACAAAAAUUAAAAUAUCUAUAUAUAGCUCAAAAAUGAUUCAAUUGUUUUCAAAAAUUUGACCAGUUCUAGAAAAACCAAAAAGAAAAGUUUUCUAUGAAUAUUUCAAAUCUCUAUGAACAUUUUGAACUAAAUUGCAACGAAAAACAAAAAUGAAAAUAAUUUAAUAAUAAAUUUACCCGGUUUUCAUAUGUUUAUACCCGGUCUUUUCCAAUAAUUUCGAAAAAUCAAAAAAUGACCUUUUGAAAGUACCAUCUCAGGAUAGUUUUCUUUCAGAAAAAAUGCUGGACAAAAAUUGCCAAUAGAAUUUUUGUACACAGCAGAAAAAAACGCAAUUCUUCAAACAACGGACUAUUCGGAGACACCGCCAAACGACCUCAUGACAUGUAAACUGUUCAACUAAAGAGGUUUUGAAUGUUGUACAAAACACUAACAAAUCUAUAAUAAUAUUAUACAGUAAUAAAAUUCGUAACGAUCAAAGAUCCGAUAGUAUAACAACAAAUAAUUGUUCAGAUAGUAAACUUUUGAGGUUAAGGUUUUUAUGUUAUCGUUCGUCCAUAGUGAUGGACAACACGGAAUACAGGAUUUUUGGUGCAGUCUUGUACCAGGGGCUCAUGAGUAUAGUAGUUUUGCAGCGGGGACGGUCGGUCGAAACGCGAUAGGAGUCCGCCGUAAAAAAUAUCCUCAUCGUCUCCUGGCCUCCUGGUGCCAACCGUGGGUUAAGUUACAGUGGAUUUUGUUUCAUGUCUACAUGUUAUCAAAAUUAGGUACAAUAUAGUUAUUAUUGUAAUUAUUUAAAAAAAAUUAAAUAAAAUAUUACUGGGUUAUUAAAUUUUCAUUUAUCAAAAAUCCAAUUAAAUGAACUACCUAUAUGCUAGUGGCGGCUCUAUCAAAAUAAUUACUACCGAAAAAAAGACCGACGUAAAUUGUUUGAUGAUGUAUGAUGAUAACUGUUAUAAGUAAGAAGAUGGGAAGGUAGGAUAUAAUGGAGAAUUUAANCUUGUUUUAAAAGGCCGUAAUAUUUACUAUUAUCGUCAAAAUAUGAUACCUAUUAAAAUUCUUACAAAAAUAAAUUACUGCAUUGAACUCAAAUUAUUUGUCUUGUUAACCAGUCCCUACUAACCGAAUAAAUAUUAAAUACUAUGCCUUGAUGUGAUAAAAAUCAUACCAUGUUUAGAAAAGACAAAUAUAAGUUUUUCUGACCAAUUUCAAAUAUCUACGAACGUUUUUUAGUAAAUUACAACAGAAAAAAAAAAUUAAAAAUAAUUUCACAAUUAUUUUGAAAACGCUCAAUAAAUCAAAAAUUAAUCUUUAAAAAGUAUUACCCUAGGAAAAUUUCCUUUCCGAUAAAGUGCUACGCUGCAAAAUUAGAGGAAGUUUAGUUUGUGUUAAUUCAACCAAAGUGGUUUUGAAUGGUAAAUACCGUAGACAUAUCAUGUCUAUGGUGAAUACCAAAUAGAACAUUGUAUUAUUUUUAAUAUAGCGAUUGUUAAACGCCCUAAUAAAAUAACGAUGCUAUUCAAAACAGCCAACGAAUAAUAAAAUUAUCAUGCCAUUUAAAUCUUUAGUAAUAUUAUGUGGGUAUUAUAUUCGUAACGAUUGCAGAUCUGAUAAUACAAUCAUCAAAUAAUUUAACAGAUAGUAAACUUUUGAGGUUAUGGUUUUUAUGUUUUAGUUCAGCCAUAGCCGAUGGACAACACGGGAUACGGGAUUUUUGGUGCAGUCUUGUACCAGGGGCUCAUGAACAUAGUCGUAUUGCAGCGGAGACGGUCGGUCGAAACGCGGUAGGAGUCCGGCAUUCAAGAACUACCUGCCGUAAAAAAAUAUCCUCAUCGUCUCCUGGCCUCCUGGUGCCAACCGUGGGUUAUGUUACAGUGGUUUUUGUUUCAGUGUGUGCAUGUGGCUGCAGUUACUAUACUAUAUACUAUAUAUAUAUAUAUAUAUAUAUACUAUAUACUAUAUACUUUAUACUAUACUAUAAAUACAAUUUUUUAAAUUGUCGUCGAAACUAGACUUGACGAUCAAUUACACGAUUUAUAUCGGGUCAUUUACCUUUAUUUCUGUUUUUAUAUGGAUAAUAAAUAUUAAUCGUUUAGACAAACAAAAAAUAAUACACUUCGAAUAUUAACUGAAUUGCAUUGAAAGGACAAAAUUUAAAAUUAUAAAAUAGAAUAUAUAUAUAAUAUAGAAAAGCUGUAAAUUUGUCAGAUUUCAUUUCAAGUUUUUUCGGUUUUUCGUAAUUAUUUAUAAAACUACAGAAAACGACCUGUUAUUCAUCAACUAGAUUAAAAAUGGAACAAAACCGUUUAUUUUUUUAUUUUUUUUUUUUAAAUCGUAAAUUGUACGAUGACUACUAUUGUAAGUAAAAAGUUGGGGACGUAGUGUAUAAAAGAGAAUUUAAUAUGUAUUUUGUAUGCAACGAUUAAUUAUUGCUAACGAAAAAUAAUUCUAAGCGAAGUUCGGUUAAACAUGUUUUAAAUGACCGUAAUAUUUACGAUUUUCGUCAAAAUUUGAUACCUAUUAAAAUUCUUACAAAAAUAAAUUACUGCAUUGAACUCAAAUUAUUUGUUUUGUUGACCAGUCCCUUUUUACCGAAUAAAUAUUAAUUACUAUGCUUUAAUGUGUUAAAAAUCAUACCAUGUUUAGAAAAGACAAAUAUAAGUUUUUCUGACCAAUUUCAAAUAUCUACGAACAUUUUUUAAUAAAUUACAACAGAAAAAAAAAUUAAAAAUAAUUUCACAAUUAUUUUGAAAACGCUCAAUAAAUCAAAAAUUGAUCUUUAAAAAGUAUUACCCUAGGAAAAUUUCUUUUGAAAAAGUGCUACACUGCAAAAUUAGAGACAAUUUUUAGUUUCUCAGUUUAACCAAAGUGGUUUUGAAUGGUAAAUACCAUAGACCUGAAUAAUAUCAUCAAGUCUAUGGUGAAUAAUAAACAGAAUAUUAUAUUAUUUUUUGAAGUGGCGAUUGUUGAACGCCUGAAUAAAAUAACGAUGCUAUUCAAAACUCUAACAAAUCUCUAGUAAUAUUAGGCAGGCAUAAAAUACAUACUUAUGGAAGAUCGGAUAAUAUAACCAUCAAAUAAUUUAACAGCUGAUAAACUUUUGAGGUUAUGGUUUUUACGUUAUCGUUCGUCCAUAGAGAUGGAAAAUACCGGAUACAGGAUUUUUGGUGCAGUCUUGUACCAGGGGCUCAUGAAAAUAGUCGUUUUGCAGCGGGACGGGCGGUCGAAACGUGAUAGGAGUCUGGCAUUUCGAAGACUACCCGUCGUAAAAAAUAUCCUCAUCGUCUGCCCUCCUGGUAUCAAUCGUUUGUAUUGUUACAGUUUUUGUUUCAGUGUCUGCAAGUGUAUAAAAUAAAAUGCAGGACUAUAAAAUAUAAUUUUUUUAAAUGUUGUCGAAACUGACUUAACGAUUUAACCCGAUUUCAAUAGGAUUGUUUACUUUUUUUUCUUCUAAUAGAACAUGAAUGUUAAUCGUUUAGUUAAAAAAAAAAUGUGUACUUAAAUUGGGUACAAAAAAAUUAUUAUUAUUAAAAUUAUUUAAAAAAAAAUUAAAUUGAAUAUUAUUGUAUUAAUCAAUUUUUAAUAUCCAUAAAAUUACCUACCUUUAUGCCAGUGGCGAACCUUACUAAAAAAAUUAAAACUACUAAAAUAUAGAUUGAUAUACUUUUCACGAUUGGUUGGACACUGUUUAAAGUUAGAAAUUCGAAAGGUGGGGUAAAGAUAAGAAUAUAAUGUUCACAACGAUUAAUCAUUGCUAACGAAAAACGAUUCUAAGCGAAGUUCAGUUUAACAUGUUUAAAAAGGCUGUGAUAUUUAUGAUGUUCGUCAAAAUUUGAUACCAAUUAAAAUUCUCAUGGGUAUUGGUAAUCUAUCUUUCGGUUUCCUAUUUAUCAUCUUUAACAAUUAACCUACCGGAGGCACCGUCCACCGAUAUUACGACGCGUGACGCAAAUUCAACCAAUGUGGUUUUAAAUGGUAAAUACCAAACAGAAUAUAUUUAACAGCUGGUAAACUUUUGAGGUUAAGGUUUUUAUGUUAUCGUUCAGCCAUAGCCGAUGGACAACACGGGAUACGGGAUUUUUGGUGNAGUCUUGUACCAGGGGUUCAUGAACAUAUUUGUUUUACAGCGGAGAUGGUUAGUCGAAACGCGAUAGGAUUCAGGCAGUUUGUCUUCUUUCUGUCGUAAAAAAUAUCCUCAUUAUUUCCUGUCCUCCUGGUAUCAAUCAUGGGUUUUGUUACAGUGGUUUUUGUUUCAGUGUCUGCAUGUGGCUGCAGUUACUAUAAAAUACAAUUUUUGUAAUGUUGUCGAAACCAGACAUGACGAUUUCCUGCACACUAUCAAACAUUAAUAUUUAUCUUAAAAAAAACGUAGAACUGAAUAAUACUUAAAUAUUAUUAUUAUUUUUUUAUCAAUAGUGUUGGAUGUGUCAUUUAGUAAUGGAUCACUAUUAUCUUUAUUUCUUUUAGAAUUAAUUUGAACUAAUUGUAAUUAUAAAUAAACACAAAAAUAUAUUUUAUGUAAAUUCCAUAAUUAGUUUAAAUUAAUUAUUCUCAGUUAAUAUAGGAAACAUAUUUUAAUUAUUAUUAUUUUAUAACUAAAAUUUUAAUGAAAUAACAAAGUAAAAACAAAAUUAAUAAAUUGUCAUUACUUGUAAAUAAAUAUAUAAAUUAAUUAAUUGUCUUAUUUAUGUUAUAUUAGGUUCCAAAAUUUACAAAAAUUAUGGAAAUAUGGAAUAAAUGUGUGGGGCAGUUGAUGACAGUAAGAAAGGCACAAAGUAAUUAUAUACUCCUAAUAGUAGCUUAGAUUAAGAAACAGCAGAUAAAGAGAUAAUUCCAGGAACUUAGAGAGAAGAAGGAAUGCCAACAAUCAAGUUCAUGGUUAUUGGUAUAAAUGAACCAACAAAUUGUAAUGUAACUGCAGAAAAAGGCAGAAAAUAAUUUACUAUUUUAUAUCAGAAGAUGAAGACGUACCUUGGCAGUAUAAUUGAUGUUUACUGGAGAGACCAUCAACUUUUACUUAAACAAUUAUAAUUUCUAAUUGAAAUUUUAACUAUUUUGAAAUAAAUUCAAAUAUCAAAUUUUCUGUAAAAGUAUUAUUUAAAUUGUAACAGCAAAUAUUUAUAUAUAUAACACAUCACAUAGUUGCAACGUUUUAUUUUAAAAAUACUGUUUAUUACCAAAACAAGAAUGUUAAUUUGAUAUGUAUUUUGCUUCAACAUUAAAUUACCAUCUUUUUGUAUAAUUCCUAAAAUUAAAUAAAUUUAUACAUUAUUAUUUUUUGUAUAUUUAAUUAUAUUUAUUAAAUAAGUCAUAAAGGAAAAUUAAAUAAAUUGUAUUGAAAUAACAAUUUCAAGUUUACAGUUUGGUAUUUAAAUUUUUGUUAGGGUAUUUUCAUAUUGUUUUUCCAUUCAUAUUGAGGCACCAGUUUUACAAUCUAAUAAUAAGGUAAGUUCAGUGAAAGUAGAUAACUACAACACAGCCAUCAUUUAUCAUCUAAACAGUAUCAGACAGCAAGUAGAAAAGCUCUCAUAAAAGUAAAACAUCAAUAAUUUGGUAACCAAAAUAGAGACCAAAGCUAUUUAACUGGUCGCUGGACAAGUGUUAAAUAGAUGUCUAACUAAAAAGUACCUAUUUAACUAUUAAUAAUUUAAAUUAGGUACCAUAAAUCACUUUUAUUUACAAUAAUAAUGUUUUUGAUUUUAGUAUUACUUAAUUUACUAGCUAUAAGAGGAAAGAUAAAUUGUCCUCAAUUUUCAAUGGAACCAGCGGAUUUUGGAAUACACACAAGACUUUUCAGACAUCUAAUACCAAAUGGAGACAUUUUUGAUUGUGUAUGGCAUUGAAUGUUUCCACAUUCUCUAAAACGAUUAAUUUACAAAUGAUAUUAUUAUUGUGUUAUUACCUUUUACUGUUAAUAGAUACAUUUAAAACUAAUAGAUUGUCCAGGUCAGCUCACAAUUUAUUAGAGUUUUUGGAUCUGAAGUUCAGACCAACAACUAUUUGGAUUUUUCAUAAUCAGCUCAAAAAAUAAUCUGGAAGGUAUCCUAACAUCUGGAAUUUCUCACGUAACUGUUUAAGAAAUUCAAUAAAAAUACAAGGUAAAUGCCAUGAACCUACUUAAUAAAAGAAAUGAUAAAAAUCAAACUAAAAUUUGCUAUAAAGAUAAGAACUUAACUAAAAACAAUGUUUUUGGUAUUAAAAUACAAAAUUUCUCUUGUCGCAUUUUUGGUAAAAACACUGUUAGCAACACAGAUAUUUAAAAGGCUAUGUCAUUUAUUUAUUAGCAUACAUUAUCAUUUUUUGGAAGAACUGACCCCAUCUAGUCACUUUUCGCCACACUGAUCUUUGACAUUACCCUCUCUAUGUUACUCUUUGGUUUAAAGAUUGAAUAAUGUAACCAUCAAAUAAUUUAACAGCUGGUAAACUUUUGAGGUUAAGGUUUUUAUGUUAUCGUUCACCCAUAGUGUAGGACAAAACUGGAUUUUUGGUGCUAUAUUGUACCAGGGAUUCAUGAACACAGUCGAUUUGAAGCGGGGACGGUUAGUUGUAACGCGAUACGACUUUGGUAUUUCGAAGACUACCUUCUGUAAAAAGUAUCAUCAUAAUAAUAAUCAAUAAAAUAUCAUAAUAUUCUGUCUUCCUGGUACCAAUCGUAGAUUGUGUUACAGUGGUUUUUGUUUCUUUGUCUGCAGUUACUAUAAAAUUAAAUUUUUAUAAUAUUUUCGAAACCUAAUUUAACGAUGAAUUUACCCGAUUUAAAUAGGAUCGUUUACCUUUUUUUUCUUUUAGUAGAAAAUAAAUGUUUAUCGUUUAGUUUAAAAAAAACGUGUACUUGUACUUAGAUACAAUAAAGUUAUUAUUAUUAUUAUAAUUAUUUAAAAAAAAUUAAAUUAAAUAUAACUUAGUUAAUAAAUAUCCAAUGUAUCAAAAAUCCAAUAAAAUUACUUACCUAUAGGCCAGUGGCGACUCUAUCAAAAUAAUAACUACCGAAAAAAAAAAGACUGACGUAAAUUGUAUGAUGGUAACCGUUAUAAGUAAGAAGAUGGGAAGGUAGGAUAUAAUGGAGAAUUUAAUAUAUUUUUGUAUGCAAUGAUUAAUUAUUGCUAACGAAAAAGGAUCCUAAGUAAAGUUCGGUAAUACAUGUUUUAAAAGGCCGUAAUAUUUACUAUUAUCGUCAAAAUAUGAUACCUAUUAAAAUUCUUACAAAAAUAAAUUACUGCAUUGAACUCAAAUUAUUUGUCUUGUUGACCAGUCCCUACUAACCGAAUAAACAUUAAAUACUAUGCUUUGAUGUGUUAAAAAUCAUACCACAUUUAGAAAAGUCGAAUAAAAGUUAUACUAAAUUACAACAAAAAACCAAAAUUAAAAAUAAUACAUUUUUUAGAUUUUUUCACAAUAAUUUUGAAAACCCUAAAUAAAUCAAAAAUCAAUCUUUUAUAAGUACCACCCUAGGAAAAUUUCCUUUUCGAAAAAGUGCUACACUGCAAAAUUAGAGGAAGUUUAGUUUGUGUUUGUUCAACCAAAGUGGUUUUGAAUGGUAAAUACCGUAAACAUACCAAGUCUAUGGUGAAUUAUACGUGAAUUAACGUUAUAUUAUUUUUAAUAUGGCUAUUGUUGAAUGCCCGAAUAUAAUAUCGAUGCUAAUCAAAACACCUACACCCAAUGAAUAAUAAAAUUACCGUGCCGUUUAAAUCUUUAGUAAUAUUAUGUAGGUAUAAUAUUUGUAACGAUUGAAGAUCUGAUAAUACAAUCAUCAAAUAAUUUAACAGAUAGUAAACUUUUGAGGUUAAGGUUUUUAUGUUAUCGUUCAGCCAUAGCCGAUGGACAACACGGGAUACGGGAUUUUUGGUGCAGUCUUGUNAACGCGGUAGGAGUCCGGCAUUCAAGAACUACCUGCCGUAAAAAAAUAUCCUCAUCGUCUCCUGGCCUCCUGGUGCCAACCGUGGGUUUUGUUACAGUUUUUGUUUCAGCGUCUGCAGUUACUAAAAAUUUAAAAUCUCAUAGCUCAAAAAUGAUUCAAAUGUUUUCAAAAUUUGACCAGGUUUAGAAUAACUAAAAAGACAAGUUUUCUAUGAAUAUUUCAAAUCUCUAUGAACAUUUUGAACUAAAUUGCUACAAAAAAACAAAAAUGAAAAUAAUUUAAUAAUAAAUUUACUCGGUCUUUCCCAAUAAUUUCGAAAAAUCAAAAAAUGACCUUUCAAAUGUACCAUCUCAGGAUAGUUUAAUUUCAGAAAAAAUGCUGGACCAAAAUUGCCAAUAGAAUUUUUGUACACAGAAGAAAAAAACGCAAUUUCUUAAACAACGGACUAUUCGGAGGCACCGCCAAACGACCUCAUGUAAACUGUUCAACUAAAGAGGUUUUGAAUGGUUAGGUUAUGUUAGGUUGGAAAAUAUCAAAUAGAAUAUUAUAUUUUUUUUUAAUAUGGCGAUUGUUGAACCCCGAAAAAAAUAACGAUGCUAUACAAAACACUAACAAAUCGAUAGUUAUAUUAUGCAGUAACAAAAUUCCUUACGAUUCAAUAAUAUAACCAUCAAAUAAUUUAAAAGCUGGUAAACUUUUUCGAGGUUAAGGUUUUAUGUUAUCGUUCAGUGUUGGACAACAAGGGAUACGGGAUUUUUGGUGCAGUCUUGUACCAGGAGUUCAUGAACAUAGUGGUUUUUCACCGGGGUUGUCGGUCCGAACGUGGGCACCGCCCAACGACUUUCGUGACGCGUAAUCUUUUCAACAAAAGCGGUUAAGAAUGGUAAAUACCAAACAUGAUAUUUUAUUAUAUUUGAUAUGGCGAUUGAGGAACUCAUGAAUAGUAUAACGAUAUUAUUCAAAACACUAACAAAUCAAUAAUAAUAGAAAUCCGGUUCAAAACCGUAACUUUUAAAUAUUGGAUAAUGUAAUCAUCAAAUGAUUUAACAGCUGGUAACUUUUGAGGUUAAGGUUUCUAUGUUAUCGUUCAACCAUAGUGAUGGACAACACGGGAUACGAGAUUUUUGGUGCAGUCUUGUACCAGGGGUUCAUGAACAUAUUUGUUUUACAGCGGAGAAGGUUAGUCGAAACGCGAUAGGAUUCAGGCAGUUUGUCUUCUUUCUGUCGUAAAAAAUAUCCUCAUUAUUUCCUGUCCUCCUGGUAUCAAUCGUGGGUUUUUUUACAGUGGGUUUUGUUUCAGCGUUUGUAGUUACUAUAAAAUAAAAUGUUUAUAAAAUGUUGUCAAAACUUGACGAUUAAUUAAUCCGAUCUAAAUAGGAUCGUUUAGUAAAAAAAAAAUGUGUACAUUAUUUUACGUACAAUACAAUUACUAGUACAAUAAUUAUUAUUAUUAUUUAUUGUAAAUUACAACAAAAAACAAAAUUGAAAAUAAUUUUACAAUUAUUUUGAAAGUGUUUUAUAAAUCAAAAAUUAAUCUUUUAAAAUACCACCCUAGGUAAAUUUCCUUUCCGAAAAAGUGCUACACUGCAAAAUUAGAGCAAGUCUUGUUUGUGUUUCAACCAAAGUGGUUUUGAAUAGUAAAUACUGUAGUCAUAUCAUGUCUAUGGUGAAUACCAAAGAGAACAUUGUAUUAUUUUUAAUAUGAUAUGCCGGAAUAAUAAAAUUACCAUGCCAUUCAAACCUAUAGUAAUAUUAGGCAAGCAUAAAAUCCAUAACGGAUAAUAUAAUCAUCAAAUAAUUUAACAGAUAGUAAAAUUUUGAGGUUAAGGUUUUAUGUUAUCGAUCAGCCAUAGUGUUGGACAACACGGGAUAUGGGAUUUUUGGUGCAGUCUUGUACCAGGGGCUUAUGAACAUAGUCGUUUCGCAGCGGAGACGGUCGGUCGAAACGUGAUAGGAGUCCGACAGUUUGUUUUCUAUCUGUCGUAAAAAAUAUCCUCAUCAUCUCCUGCCCUCCUGGUGCCAACCGUGUAUUAUGUUACAGUGGAUUUUGUUUCAGUGUCUGCAUGUCAACGUGUCAUCAAAAUUAGGUACAAUAAAGUUAUUAGUAUAAUUAUUUAAAAAAAUUUUAAUUGAAUAUUAUUGUGUUAAUCAAUUUUCAAUUUAUCAAAAGUCCAAAAUUACCUGCCUAGUGGCCAGUGGCGAAUCUUUCAAAAUAAUUACUACCAAAAAAUAAGACUAACGUAAAUUGUACGAUGGCUACUUCUGUAAGUAAGAAGUUGGGAGAAGUUAUAUAAAGGAUAUAAAGGAGAAUUUAAUAUGUAUUUUGUAUGCAAUGAUUAAUUAUUGCUGAUGAAAAACGAUUCUAAGGGAAGUUCGGUUAUACAUGUUUUAAAUGACCUUAAUAUUUACGGUAUUCGUCAAAGUCUGAUUCCUAUUAAAAUUCUUACAAAAAUAAAUUACUGCUUUAAACUCAAAUUAUUUGUCUUGUUUACCAGUCCCUAUUUACCGAAUAAAUAUUAAAUACUAUGCUUUAAUGUGUUAAAAAUCAUACUAUGAUUAGAAAAACCAAAUAUAAGUUUCUCUGACCAAUUUCAAAUCUCUACGAACAGUUUUUAGUUAAUUACAACAAAAAUCAAAAUUGAAAAUAAUACAUUUUUUAGAUUUUUUCGUUCAUCCUAAUUUUUUUUUUAUUUUUUUAACAAUUAUUUUAAAAACAUUCAAUAAAUUAAAAAUUGACCUUAAAAAAGUAUUACCCUAGGAAAAUUUCCGAAAAAGUGCUACACAGCAAAAUUAGAGUAAGUUUUUUUUGUGUCUAUUUAACCAAAGUGGUUUUGAAUGGUAAAUACCGUAGACAUAUCAUGUCUAUGGUGAAUACCAAACAGAACAUUGUAUUUUUUAUUAUAUAGAGAUUGUUGAUAACCCGAAUAAAAAAAUGAUGCUAUUCAAAACACUAACUCCCAACGAAUAAUAAAAUUACCGUGCCGUUUAAAUCUUUAGUAAUAUUAUGUAGGUAUAAUAUUCGUAACGAAUGAAGAUCUGAUAAUAUAAUCAUCAAAUAAUUUAACAGCUGAUAAACUUUUGAGGUUAUGGUUUUUAUGUUAUAGUUCAGCCAUAGCCGAUGGACAACACGGGAUACGGGACUUUUGGUGCAGUCUUGUACCAGGGUCUCAUGAACAUAGUCGUUUAGCAGCGGUGACGGUCGGUCGAAAUACGAUAGGAGUCCGGCACUUCGAAGACUACCCGCCGUAAAAAAAAGUCUCACCAUCUCUUGGCCUCCUGGUAUCAAUUGUGGGUUUUGUUACAGUGGUGUUCGUUUCCGUGUUUUCAGUCUGUUCAUGUCUGCAGUUACUAUAAAAUACAAUUUUUUAAAAUGUAGUCGACACCUGACGAUCAAUUAACACGAUUUAUAUCGGAUUGUUUGCCUUUGUUUCUGUUUUUAUAUAGAAAAUAAAUAUUAAUCGUUUAGACAAAAAAAAAAAAAAUAACACUCUUUAUUACUCUAUUAACUAAAUUUCAUUGAAAAGACAAAAUUUAAAAUAAUGAAAUCGAAUUUGUAAAUUUGUCAGUUUUCAUUUCUUUUUUUUUCGGUUUUUCGUAAUUAUUUAUAGAAUUAUAGAAAACGACCAGUUAUUCAUCAACUAGAUUAAAAGGAAAAAAACCAUUCAUUUUUUCUUUUUAAAAAAUCGUAAAUUGUACUAUGAUUACUUUUGUAAGUAAAAAGUUGGGAAGGUAGGAGAUAAAGGAGAAUUUAAUAUAUGCAACGAUUAAUUAUUGCUAAAUUAUUUGAUUGUUGACCUAUUUACCGAAAAAAUAUUAAAUACUAUGCUCUAAUGUAUUAAAAAUCUUACCAUGUUUAGAAAAGUCAAAUAUAAGUUUUUCUGACAAACUUCAAAUGUUCGUAGUUAGUUAAUUACAACAAAAUUAAAAAUAAUUUCAUAAUUAUUUGAAAACGCUUAAAAAAUCAAAAAUUGAUCUUUUAAAAGUUGUACUCUAGGAAAAUUACUUUUGAAAAAGUGGUACACGGCAAAAUUAGAGCAAGUUUUUAAUUUCUCUGUUUAACCAAAGUGGUCUUGCAUGGUAUAUACCAUAGCCUGAAAAAAUAUCAUCAAGUCUAUGGUGAAUAACAAACAGAAUGUUAUAUUAUUUUUUGAAGUGGCGAUUGUUGAACGACUGAAUAAAAUAACGAUGCUAUACAAAACACUAACAAAUCGAUAGUUAUAUUAUACAGUUAUAAAAUUCGUAAAGAUUGAAGAUAGGAUAAUAUAACCAUCAAAUAAUUUAACAGCUGGUAAACUUUUAAGGUUAAGGUUUUUAUGUUAUCGUUCGUCCAUAGUGAUGGACAACACGGGAUACAGGAUUUUUGGUGCAGUCUUGUACCAGGAGUUCAUGAGCGUAUCGUUUUGCAGCGGGGCGGUCGGUCGAAACGCGAAUAGGAGUCCGGCAUUUCAGUGUCUGCAUGUUUCUUCAGUUACUAUAAAAUACAAUUUUUUAAAAUGUCGUCGAAACUAGACUUCGCGAUUAAUUACACGAUUUAUAUCGGGUCAUUUACCUUUGUUUCUGUUUUUAUAUAGAUAAUAAAUAUUAAUCGUUUAGGCAAACAAAAAAUAAUACACUUCGAAUAUUAACUGAAUUGCAUUGAAAGGACAAAAUUUAAAAUUAAAAAAUAGAAAAGCUGUAAAUUUGUCAGAUUUCAUUUCACGUUUUUUCGGUUUUUCCUAAUUAUUAAUAAAACUACAGAAAACGACCUGUUAUUCACCAACUAGAUUAAAAAUGGUACAAAAAUGGCCUUUCUUUUAAAAAAAAAUCGUACAUUCUACGAUGACUACUGUUAUAAGUAAAAAAUUGGGAAGGUAGGAUAAAAAGGGGAAUUUAAUAUAUUUUUGUAUGCAACGAUUAAUUAUUGCUUACGAAAAACAAUUUUAAGUGAAGUUCGGUUAUACAUGUUUUAAAUGGCCUUAAUAUUUACGAUAUUCGUCAAAGUUUGAUUCCUAUUAAAAUUCUUACAAAAAUAAAUUACUGCAUUAAACUCAAGUUAUUUGUCUUGUUGACCAGUCCCUAUUUACCGAAUAAAUAUUAAUUUCUAUGCUUUAAUGUGUUGGAAAUCCUACUAUGUUUAGAAAUGUUUCUGUACACAGAAAAAACAUUUUCCAACACGUUUCUACUGUCCGGUUUAUGUCUGUAAUAUGAUAUUCAAACCCGACAACAUAAUCCGUACGGACUAUUAAUCGGCUGAGCUUUAAAUAAGAUAUAGAUUUAAAGUACUUGGUGAAAGUGCUCUUGCACGCGUCCAUGAGGAUAAUAAGAACGCAGUACAGAAUAUAUGGCGCUCGGUGGUGUUCCCCAUUAUUUUUCCGGGGAAGCAUUGUACGGACGCAUAAUUUAUCGUGUCGAAACAAUAAAAUUCGAUUUGUAUGGUUAAAACGGCUUACAAAGAGCCGUAUUGUUUGUAUCUAUACAUAGAUAAAUCAGUUAAUCUGAAUUGCGUACUGCGAUAAACGAUCAACACUAUUUACUAGUAUUUAGAUUCCGGGUGUAGUGUACUAGUUGGGUCUCAUAUGGGUCGUAUCACUAUAGCCGUCCAAUACCUACAGUAAAAUUGAUAGUAAUUAUAAUAGUUUAGAAUAAAAUAAAACACCACAUCCAUCCUAAUAAUUACAUCCACCAGUUUUUAGACGUUUGAAUAAAUACUCAAAUAGAUAGAUACAUUAAAUGAGAAGUCGAGAAAAAAACCAUAUUUUCAUAUUUUACAAAAAGAAAAAAACGUACAAAGGAUUAAAACGAUAGAAAAAAAUCACUGAACAAAUGAGAUGCUAAGUCCCAAGUCUGUAAAAAUGAUAACGAAAAUGUUUUGUAUUGCUUUUAAACGUUCGGACCCAACUAGUGUAUUUAUAGUGUAUUUACCAAAAAUUCAUUGGGUCCCUCAAUUAGUGUGAUACUAAUCGAAACCGCUAGGGACCCAACUCGGAUGCAGCCAGAUAAAUGACUAUACAUUGUAAUAAUGGGUAUUUAGAGGGUACUGCGCGUGAAGAGUGAAGAGUGCGGGUGUGUUUAGGGAGAACGAAUCGUACCCAUGGCCUAAAAAAACGGAUUCCGUACAAUAAAUUAGAAACGAAAAUAGACGUCUCGAAAAUACAAGUGUAAACAAUUAUUUACCUACUUUUUCUACGGGUACAAUUAGGGAAGGAAUAGGGUCCCUUGUAAUUUAUUUUUAUUUAAAAUUGGCCUAUAGGUAGGUGUUGACUGAUACCAGCUACUUUGGCCAACAUGAAUGGCGUGAUAUUUUGGCUUAAGUAUUCCAUAUUUUUUUAUUUUUUUGAAAUUUUGUCUAUCGCAUAUUACGUUAAAACAAUUUCGUUUGACAACAAUUGACCUGGUGCCUGGCAAAGAGGAGAAGACGACAGUCUCAUAAAUAUUGUUUCACCCCUUCUAUGAAACCAAAAUGACGCCUCUGAAGUAUACUUUCGUUUUUAUUUGGUUUGUGCGGAUACAGUUUUUCAGAUUCUCAAAAAUGUUCGACAAUCUGAUACAAAAGGUUCGUCGUCGUAAUAGUUGUUCUAAAAAACAAAUAGGUAUCGAAAAUCUGUAGUCUCGAUUUGAUCAGAAUUGUAUAAAUCACGACUAUACUUGCGUAUUAUUUUCCGAUUUAUGUUGAUAGAGCUUUUUCGGUUCCAUAAAAUUACUUAGACAUUAAUUGAAACGAACCAACAUUAAUAAUUGGGUAGAUAUUAUAAUUUAUUUCGUAGUUGUAAAAUUAUAAAAUUUUAUAAUUUUUUUUUAUAUAAAUGUAAGAAAAUGAUAAAUCAAUUAUAAAAAAAUAAUAUAAUCGGUAAUUUUUCGCUUAUAUCGCGAAACGAUGAUGAUAACAUAAAGGACGAUGUGGAGGUUAUAUUAUAACAAACAUUUUAUCAAGUUUAUAGUAAUUUUAUUUUAUUAUUUAUAUUUUAACUGGCGGUGUUCAGGGAAUGAAAAAUUUACAUAAUAAAUAAUAUAGUAUUGAAAUAUUACAUGAUAUUUCAAUAUAAACAUAAAAAAAAAAAAUCGUUAAUCGGAGAAGCGCAUCAUUAGUGGUGUGUUUUUUUUCUAUCAUAUUGUUUUUUCUAAGAAAGAAAUCGAUACGCUUUCUGGCUGGCAAUUGUAAUUCUCAUUACAAUUCAUUUAAAUAAAACAAUUUUCGUCAGCGGAUUCGAUAAUGUUUUCCAACGAAAAUGUUGUAUUGAUCAACAAUCCAGUUAAUUGAAUUGCUGGCGAUUUUCCGAUUUUAUGAACUGUGUGAACAAAUAUGGUAAAUCUGAUACUUACCUAUCGAAUCAUAAACAAUAGGAAUAUAAUUAUUAUUUUUUUCGAAAAAAUUUGUUCCUGAAAAUAACCGGCGUAAUAAUAUUCGUCACAGUGGUACGCCCAGGAAUUUUCAAUGGGAUAGGAUGUAGCAAUAAUAAUAAUCAUGAAUAAAUUACAUAUAAUCUCUUGUUCUAUUCUUAUUAGAUUUAACUUGACCAUAGGAAUUGGUUAAAAUCCGGAUAUAAUUAAGCCAGUUUUUAUUUCAUAUACCUGUCAAGCUUUUUCUGACUUUUCUUGAUAGAAUGUACAUUUUAAGAUUUAAUUACAAAAUAAAUACCUAUCACAGUUAUGUAUAAGUUAGUGAAUCUACGCAGAUAACCGUGACAGACACUCAUAGUUGUUAUAUUUUUAAGCCAAUGGAGGGGGGGGGGAAUAAACAGAAACCUUUUUGCUUGCAUACGUCAUUGGUUCAUUGUGGCGCACGAUUUUGUGACCGUGCCAACGUCAGAUAUAUACUAACAACAGUAUUAUUAUUAUUGUGUGCAUUGUGCACAAGUAAUUGUUAUAAUGUGCAUUAAAUUUAUAAAGAAAAUUAGAAUUUAAAUUAGUAAGAACAAUUGUACAUAAAAAUACAAUAUAGUACCCAGCUUAAUGAUUUCAAAUCAUAUCUAUGUGCAUUAUUAUUUCUAUAUUUUAGUUGAAUAAAUAAUAUCAAUUAAACACUAAAUCUAAUUUGUUUAACCCUAUUGACAGAUUGUCAAUGAAUAAGUACGCAAUAACUAUAUCAUCAUAAUAAUCAUAUGGUAAGGUUAAAAAAAAAAAUGACUGACUCUUUAUGAGGACAUCUAUCCCUUCUUUAUGACCGCUGACAAAUGGAUCAACUAGACUAGUCAGCCAAUCAGACUAAUCAUAAUGUAAACUAUGAUUAUGAACUAAUGACAUAUUCUAUGAAGUAAUUAAUCUUUGAGAGCUAUGUCCUUGGUUUGAAAUAAUAAUCUAAAUUGUUUUAUGUACAAAAUCAGUGAGGUUGGAUUCAAAGAAAAAUAAAUAAAUACACAAAGCUUAUACUUUUGAUAUCAGUUUUUUUAUUUUGAAAUAAAAUCUUUUUUUUAAAUUUCAACAAUAAAAUAUUUACGAGUUUGUAUAGGUAUUAUAAUAUAUUACAAUAAGUGUACCAGUUAAGUACAAAACUAAUCAACCGAAGCUUUUAGAUUUUAAUCAACGUGUAUAUAAUGUUAUAGUAGUAUAUAUUAUCUAUAUGACAUAAUUUAUUCAUAAAUUAGUGUUUUACUAAUAUAACCUUAAGUACAAAUUACAUGACAACAGUUCUCCAAAAAGAAAAAAUAGUAUAAUUUUGUUUUCUGGUUAAAAAAAAAUAAAUAUAUAUAUAUGUAUAUAUAUAAUCCUACAAUAAAAUUUGUAUUCAGGUACUGUUCGUAGCUAAAACUGUGGAUAUCAAAAUGUUUAAUAAUAUAAAAGAAAUAAAUAUUUUUAAAAAACAUCAAUAUUAAUGAUCAAACUAAUUUCGAGCUCGACAGCAAUGAUAAUGGUAAAAAUUUAAUCGAUGGUCGAUUCAAAACUAGACAUACACGUACAUAAUAUGUUUAUAUAAUAAUAAAAAUAAUAAUAAUAAUAAUAAUAAUAAUAAUAAUAAAUUAGGCAUACAUUGGGCUUUAUCACUAUUAUUGUCAUAGAUAUAUAAUACCCAGUAUUUAUAAAUCAAUAACACAUAUUUAUAUAUAAAACUAAAAUAUAGAUAUUUUGUUUUUUUUUCAUUUCCAUACAUAAUACAAAUACAUAAUAUAUUAUAAUAAUUGGUAUAAAAUAUAAUGAUGGAUACGUUUAGUGCCGAUUUGAUUUAAAUAUAAAUGUAUUAUGAUCUAAAAUCUAAAAGAAAACAUAUUUAACAAUGAACAAUCAGGAUUUAAUACUCAACAACAAUGACAACACUCUAAAACAAACAAUACUCUCGUUGUAAAGUGUAAAUAUGCCUAAGGGACACUUAGCGUUAGCACCAAAGGUUUUUUUCUUUAAAAAAAAAAAAAAUUCAAAUCAAAUAAUGCUAAAAAUAAUGUUUUAUGUACUUCGAGCAUUUUUUGGUAACAUUGACUCACUAGUGGACUGCCGCUAAUAUAUUAUUUUGUGACGAAUCCGUUUGUUGCCGAUGGUAGUUCGUCCCUGACCGCUACAGCAGCUACGAGGGCUGCUCCACGACCACUUCCAUCUUCAGACAACAUCAGGUCGAACUGAAAGUUAAAUGGUGGCAUUUAUAGAAAUAUUAUUAUUAAUCAUGGGGAAAGGAAAGAUAUUAAUGCACGUUACACAUUGAUUAUUAACUCACUUUGAUUUCGGGGCUGACCAGCUGUUUGACUUUUUCGACCAUGAGCUUAUGGAAGUAGGGAUGGAAUCGGUAAACAGAACCGUCAACGCCAAUUGUGACAGUUUUCUCUCCCAUUUUGUUGAGUAGCGCGGCCAGACCGGCAGACACCAAGUGAGCUGAUCUUUUAGACACACACUCACAAAUGUAUCGUACAUUGGCACAGUCGACCAGCGAUGGAUCGGUGAUACCCAUUUCGUUAAGUACUUUCAAUGUCUCUCUAUAGUUGGCCUUAUCACUAUACAUAAAAAAAAAAAAUACAGUUACAAUUUCAAUGUAACCUCAAUGGGGGUGCUAAAGUCAUUUGGAUGAAGAGAGGACUAUUGUUUUUGAACACACAUAGUUUUUGAAUCAACGCCAGUAUUUUUGGAGGAAUUUUAAUAUGACUAAAUAGUAUUUGAUGUAUAUUAAAUAUACAGAUUUAAUGAGCAGUUUUUGCUCAUAAUUUUCAAUAAAUAAAAAUGCUGGGGUAAGACCUUGGACCAGAGUUCUAUGAAUAUACGUGACAUAAUCUCCAUCCACUAGGUAAAAUAUUAUCUUCUGUUUGUUAGGCGAUUAAUAACUAAGCCACCCCAUGAAAUUGAUUGGCUAUAAUAAAUUGUGAAUUACCUUUCAAUGUCUGAUACGAACGACGUACCGAAAGCUCCAGAUGUUUUCAUCUGUUCAGACAGUCUUCCGUCGAACAGUUUGUUUUGGUUUGCCAAAUCUACGAUGGCCAACCUCACGAUCUCGCCCAUGUACAUACCGCUGAUCAUUUUCUCAAAUCUGAAAAUAGUAAACACGCAAUGUUAAAAACCACUACCAUACAAAACACUGACGAUUCAAAAGAGGGAGUGAGAAAAAACUAACCUUUGUUGACCUGGGUUCAAUGAGUUUUCGUCGAUUUCCCGGUCGUAUUUUGUACGUAUGGAGUCCAUUGUUCCGUCAUCUCCAAACGCGCCCCAUUCAGUGUUAACAAUCACGUGUGGUUUCGAUUUGUCACCAUCAAACAGUUCUGCGUUUUCGACUUUUUCAACAUAACAAGCAUUACAUCCCGUUCCUUCAAAAAUAGUAUAGGGACAUAAAUUAAUAUUGUUUUAUAGAACAGUAGUGAUAUCACUUUUUUUAAUUUACGCUUCGGACGCCCAAGGCACGCGAUCAUAUCCAAAUUAUUCCAAUAUAAUAAUAAUAAUAAUUGAAAACGUUAGGCGCUUGGGUGCCGAUCACUUGUUAGUUAAUAAUUAAAAAGCAAAAGCGAUGACAGACACAGAUGGUUUCAUCACAUAAUACUGUUAUUCAGUAAAAAUAGCUGCAGUGUCAAUAAGUCAAAAAACAAUAAAAAAUUAAAAAAAUAACACGUAGAAAUAUUAAAUUUUUUUAAUUUUCAGCGCAAUAUUAAUUCACCUAGUAUAUUCUCCAUUUAACAGUAGAUUAUUUAAUAUGUACAUUAAUUUGAAUAAGGUUUUUUUUUUUUAUUAAUAUUUACAAAUAUAUGUUACAGUUUUUUGAUAAUUUAUGUGGCAAAAUUUUCAGAGGCAUUUUUCAAUUUUGUAUCAUUCAAAUUAAAUGUGUUUAAAUGUCAGAUAAAAAAAGAAAUAAUAUUGUUCUCAUAUUAUUUAUAAUGCAAUUUCAAACUUGACUUUUGGCCAAUGACAGUUACGUUACUACUAACAAGAGGUCAUUUGUUUCACUAUGAAGAUCAGCAAUAGAAAUAACUGGUGUCUGAUGAACAAACUAAUAACUAAUUAACAGUUAAAUAAUGAAAAUAAAAAUAAAAAGUACAAAUUAUAUAAUAUAACUAACCUAGAAAAAUAUGAUAUUUUAAACUACACACACUUAAAAAUAAACAUAUUAUUAUACCUUGUGAAAAAUGGUAACAAAUUAUUAUUAUUAUUUCUUAUUGGUUAUUAAUGUAAGGUAUUAUUUAGCACAAUUAUAUUAAUAAUUAUUAAAAGAAUGGAAGAAAAUUAUAAUAUUAUUGAAAUAAAAUAAAAUUGUUAAAUAGAUUUCUAAUAGAUAGAAUUAGAAAGAAAAUGAUAUUAAAAAGUAUACAGUUAAUAUCAAAUGUUAAUCCAAUUGUGUGAUAUACCACUUCACACAAACUCAUUGAGUUAAUGGGACUAGCCCGUUAAAAUUGUCUAUUUACACAACAUACCAACAAUAAGUCCGAUUUUGGUGUUUGGAUUCUUCCAUGCGCAUGACAUGAUGGUACCAGUUGUAUCGUUCAAUAUUCCACACACAUCAAUUUCGACAUCCUAAUAAAAAUUACCAUGGAAA